GAGAAAUCAAAACAGGAAGACGACUUGUUGGAUACCUCCCUUAAAACACGGUUGCAAUGGCAACUGCGGACUGGAAUCCGCUUGGAGAUGUUUAUUUCAAAAAGAAUGAGCUAUAUUCCAUGGGAUGGAGUGACUUGAUUGAUCUUGAUAAGUUUACGGUAGCAUCCGCACCCUACGGGGGACCAAUAGCUCUUUAUCGAGAUGAUUCUAAGACAGCACGAGUUCAAGUUUCCACCAAACCUAUCAUCACCGUCUUUACAGCCGCUGGCAUUCAAAUCAGUCAGAUGAGGUGGAGCAGUGGUCAAGUGGUCAAGAUGGGAUGGUCAAACACAGAGGAUCUGCUCUGUGUACAGGAUGACGGCAUGGUACUCUCCUACGACAUGUUCCUGAACUUCAAACGCAUGUUUGGCAUGGGGCAGGAAGCUAAGGAUGUUAAAGUGAUAGACUGUGAGAUAUUUAACAGUUUCCAAGGGACGGGGAUAGCUGUACUGACCAGCACCUUCCGUAUCUUCAUCAUCAACAGUGUAGAUGACCCCAGGAUACGUAGGCUGGCAGAGGUCCCAGGUUUGCAGUCAGCUCCAAGUAGCUGGGCAGUUCUAAAUCUUGACCGACAGUCCCGAGCACUGGUUGCCAAGGGUAACGAGCUGUUCCUCAUUGACCAUGGAGGUCAGUACCAGAAUCAGACACCACAAACUAACACAGAAGUCAAAGAAUAUAUACAAAUGGCUCUCUCCUUCAACAACAAGUUCCUGGCUCUAUAUACAGAUAGUGGUGUCAUCCUCAUCUGUUCUUCAGAUUUACAGAAAGUUUACUGUGAAUUUAACACUAAGACAGAAACUUGUCCUCGACAGUUGAUGUGGUGUGGAAUCGGAGCAGUAGUAGCCUUGUGGGGAACCCUAAUGGUGGUUGUUGGGCCUCAAAAGGACUGGAUACGGUAUAAUUUUGAGUCACCAGUCAACCUUGUACAGGAGAUGGAUGGCAUCAGAAUCAUUGGAAAUUACCAGCAUGAAUUCCUCCACAAAGUUCCUGAUGUAACAGAGCAUAUCUUCAAAAUAGGAUCUAUGGAGCCAGGGGCAAUGUUGUAUGAAGCUUCUCGAGAAUUUCAUAAAGGAUCCCAGAAAGCUGACGAAUACAUACGAAUGAUUAAGGAUAAACUAGAAGUUGCUGUCAACCAGUGUAUAGAGGCAGCUGGGUUUGAGAUAGAAACCGACAAACAGAAAGCUCUACUCAGGGCGGCAACAUUCGGGAAGUGUUUCCUCACCGACUACAGCCCAGAAACAUUUGUCAACAUGUGUCAAAUGUUACGAGUAAUCAAUCAAGUACACCAUCAUAAGAUCGGCAUUCCUAUCACCUACACCCAAUUGGAACACCUCUCUAUGGCUGUGAUGAUUGACAGACUAGUCCUCAGAAAGAUGUUCCACCUGGCAAUCAAAAUCUGUCAGUACCUCAAGAUUCCAGACCAGGAGGGAGCAAGUCGUAUUCUGGCACACUGGGCAUGUUAUAAGGUAAAACAGAAGAAUGAAGAUGAUGAGACGAUAGCCCGGGCUGUAGCUCAGAAACUUGGAGACACCCCUGGGGUGUCCUACUGUGAUAUCGCGAGUCAAGCACUAGAAUGUGGUCGGACAGACUUAGCCAUCAGACUGCUUGACUUUGAGCCGCGGGCAGCCCAGCAGGUUCCCCUCCUGAUGAAGAUGAGUAAGGAUCAGCUGGCUCUGUCGAAGGCUAUAGAAAGUGGGGACACUGACCUUGUUUACACAGUGUUACUCAAGCUCAAGAAUGACAUGAAGGAUGGAGAUUUCUUCAUGGCCAUCAGAAACAUGCCCAUCGCAUACUCUCUCUUCAUACAGUAUUGCCGCCAUCAAAACCCACAGAUGAUGGAAGAUCUUUAUUACCAGGAAGAUAACUUCCUGGAGGAGGCAAACUGUAAGGUCGUUAAAAGUUUUGAUGAUGAAAGACUUGAUGACAGAUUAGAAACAUUAAAACAAGCCAUGAACUGCUACACUAGAGCCAAGAAUGAAUUUGCUGUCAAGCAAACUGAGGAUCAGAUGAAAUUACUGAAAUACCAGCGUCGAAUGGAGGAGGAGUUUAACCGCCCAUAUAUGGACCUAUCCUUGCACCAGACCAUAUAUAGACUUAUAAUGGAAAACAGUCACAAACCUGCAGAACAGCUACGCAAGGAAUUCAAGGUUCCUGAACGCAGAUACUGGUGGCUUCGGAUGCAUGCUCUCGGAGAAGCUGGUGAAUGGGCAGAGUUAGAGAGAUUCUCCAAGUCGAAGAAACCACCAGUAGGACUAGAGGCCUUUGUUGAAGUUUGUUCCAAGCACAAGAAUGUAGCAGAGGCCAUGAAAUACAUUGCCAGGGUUCAGCCAGAUCAGAAGGUCAAAUGUCUACUCAAGAUAGGUCAGAAGAAAUCUGCUGCGGAGGCUGCAUUUGAGAACCACAGUGAGGAGGAACUAAACCUUGUGUUACAGAAGUGUGGGGCAGCAGACAAGCAGUUGGUGGAGAACAUACGCUCAAUGAAACAACAGCUGGGAGGCCGCAGAUAGCAGGACAGGAGGGAGUCAGGGUCAUAGGAUGGAGACAAAUAGUGUGACUUUAGUUUGAGGUUAUGAUUGGGUAUAUAACAAGUUUCUGAAUCACCUGUAUGUAAAUUCCGCCGAUUUACAAGCAUUAUAUUACAUUGAGCAGUGAAAGGACUUUAAAAAGGGAUUUGUGCAAUGGAUGAGUGUAUAAAGCUAAGAAGGUAUACAGACAAAGUUUGGGUUUCAGCUUGGGGAGGAUUGAGGGCAGGGCGGCAGGUAAAUUUUUAGUGUUUGUCAAUAUGCCAAUCAAUCUACUCAACAGCUUAUCGGAACAGUUGAUGUCCAUACCUUUAUCAGAUUUCCUUGAAAUGCAAAGCUUAUCUACAAUCUGAUGUAUUUGUUUAUAAAUUGCACAACAAGAUUUUCGUUUUGGGAGAUCACUGAAUAAGGUUACUCAGAUGUACCCUGGUAUACGUGGAUGAUACUGUGAUUGGUUUAUACAAGUUGUGUAUGUUAUAAUUAAUCUAGAAGAUUAAAAGACUGGGAUGGUACAAGAUGUGAGGAAGAGAUGUGAAGGGAUGAGAGAAUUUGUGAGUUGAUAAUGAAAGAAAAUAGUGCUAUGAUUUGUUUUUGAGAACAAAAAAUAUUAAAGCUAAUUAGUAAUAUCCUAAAUGAACCUUUCAUGAGAUUUUUUUGUCUUUGAUAUCAAUUCAGGAUUUCAUAAUUACAAUAUACUUUUUAUUUUCCCAUUUCAUUACUGCCAUGUCUACUUU